AUGAAUACAGAUAACUAUGAGCAGGAAACAGAUGGAGAAGAAGGCGGAGUGUCAUCCACGCUUCCCAACCGGCCGAGACGGGCACUUACGAUUCCUCUAACAGACAAAGGCAGAGAGGUUAUUCGUGUUACAUUUGAAAGAAGAGAUAAGCCCAAAGAGCCAGAUCAGUCCGGUUUCAUACGCACGUUAUGGCAGAGAAAGCAGCCGCAGAAGAAGGCCUGGAUCAAGACACCGGUCGUUCACCGAGUGCCGCAGGAAACAUACAAUCAGGAGCAGUCUCCACUAUUUCAAUUGCCGUUCGAUAUCCGGCUGAUGAUAUGGAAAGAAUGCCUGGCAGGCUGCCGCUGGCAUAUCGGACUCAACGACCUGAAAUUGAAGGGCUGCGAGUGUAACGGCACGCACACCAUGACGGAGAUCAUCAGCUACGAACGCAGACGGGAUAUGGAUGGAGUUUCGAUUCCUAGUGUAUUAAAGCCUGCGGACAGGAUAUCAAUUCUGUUGACCUGUCGGAUGAUAUAUUCAGAAACUGCACGUGUGCUGUAUCGGGACAACAUCUUCGACUUCUAUGACAGCAACAUCAUGGGUAUCUUUCUUCGCUCAAUCCCCCUUUCUCGAUUCAAUUCGAUUCGCACCCUGAAGCUAGCGCAGUGUUUCAAUGAGAACAUGUCCAAGAAGGACACAUAUAAACAGUCCUUCAUCAACUAUAGACGCUGGGAGGAAAUAUGCUCCAUGCUGGCAGCUAUGCAAGGAUUGGAGAACCUGUGUCUAUUUCUCCGAGGUUGGCUUUUGCAACAGGGGACAGAAGUCGAUGCUAUAUUUCACCCACUGGCCAAGAUCACGGCGAGAACCAUGACAAUUUGGCUGGCAUAUGAUGCCAAGUGGGAGGUGGGAGACAUCCCGACAGAGCUAUCCGCUCGGCCAGGGUUUCGGAUCAGACAGAUGUCGUACCGUAAACUGGAAACUGAUCGCUAUGGGAUCAUGACAUGCCGUCCCGAGGACUUUGGUGGAUAUUGA